AUGCAGGUGCAAGACCAAACCCAUAGCAACAUCGAGCUCCCUGAUGACUCGAUUAUUGACUCGAUCAUUGACUCAAUUUCUAACUCUGUUGUCUAUGAUGCUCCCACUCCCCCACCGUCAUCAGUGUCACGUAUCCCUAGAAUUCCAAGAAUGGUGAGAGAGAAAGACGACUACGAGAAAUACUAUGUUCCCAAUGUUGUCUCCAUUGGUCCAUACCAUUUUGGGGAACCGAAACUCCAAUUUGUCGAGAAACUCAAGCCUGUUUACACAAUGAAGCUCCUUAAAGGCAAGAAGGAUAUCCUAAAAAGUUUGUAUAAAACACUUGGUGAACAACAAAUGGUGGAAAAAUUAAGAAGCUUCUAUGAAGAAAAUUCGACAACCAAGUUUAGUGAUGAUGUCUUUACUAAGAUGAUGUUGCUAGAUUCUUGUUUUAUUUUGCACUAUGUAAAUUCUGAAAAAUGGUGGUGGGGAUAUCAUUUUCCACAGUUAAAUUACAAACAACUUUCGUUUGUUUGUCAGGAUUUGUUUAUGUUGGAAAACCAAAUUCCCUUCCAAGUUCUAAGUGUGGUGAUGAGUAGUUUGGCAAAAAUAUACGAUUUAAAGUAUGUCGAUACCGAAAAGAACAUCCAUCAGCUCAUCCGUUCUGCCAGUUUGUUGGCAUAUCCAUCAGAUCAACACUUAUUAUCCCCCGAACCGGAUCAUCUUCUCCAUCUUCUUCAUCGUAGUCAUACACCUCAAGUUGUAAGACGUCCCACGAAGAAUUUGAAUCGAAGUUACAAUUACAAAAGCAGUAAUUUCCCCAACGUUAACCAGCUUUUGGAUGUAUGGAUUCGUUUCAAGCCAUGUGAGACUUUGGAACAUAUUAAUUUCUCUAGAAGAGGGUGUAUGUUUUCAUCGUAUGUAGAACUCCCUCCAAUAACCGUGGAUGAUGACACCAAGCCUAUUUUGUUAAACUUAAUAGCCUAUGAAACGUGCCCAGGUAAAGAAAUUGCAUGGGUUUCAUCGUACGUUUGUCUUCUUCAGUCUCUGAUUUGCAACCAUGAGGACGUUAAGGUUCUUAUAAAAGCUGGGGUGCUUGAAAACGGCUUAGGGACUAACAACGAAGUAGUGGAUUUCUUCAAAGAAAUAACAAAUGAUUUAGUUACACAAAAAUUAUAUAUUGAAGUUAAGAAUGAGAUACAAAGUCAUUAUGAAGGUUGGAGUAACACACCUAUUUCUGAACUUACGCACGAAUAUCGCAAGAGCCCCUGGAAGUUUCUUUCACUUCUUGGAGCUUUGAUAGCUCUUUUUCUUAGUGCCGUUCAAACUUAUUUCACUGUCUGGAGUCCCAAAUGA